AAUAAGGACUCCAACAUGGCGCCACCGCGUGCGUUCGCACACACUAUUUCUUCCUUCGUUUGAAGUACGGUAGAAUGUUUGCCUCGAACUGAACGCAAUAGAGGCAGCAACCGGAGUCGCUACCCCGUCUGCCACAAUGUUCUGAGUGCGCAGCCAGUGCGUAUCGAGCUAAUUUCUACUCGCGCGCCCCAGCGCUGUGCAUAUCUCGAGCAGAUUGACAGAGAGAAUAGCCACCUUACCGCGAUGCGAGAGUGAGCAGCUCCUUCGCACAGACACGGCCGGAGACUGAGGGCCACCCGGUCUGCGCGCGAGUUCGCUGUUGACAACACGUGCCGCAGCGUCGACUACGGAGCGCCGCUGCGCGGAACAAUCGACACUGCAGUCUGAUCGAUUAGCCUGUCAUCACAAAUAUCCCGUGGCAAGUGUCGGCCAUGGCGGACCCCGCUCCUAACCGCAAAACAAAACAGUAACAAUAAACUUUCUGAGACGCGGUCGCUGUCAGCGUGGUGUGGAAUCCGGCUGACAGGUCCCGCAGAAAAUUACACUGAUGCACGACGUGAAGACCGUGUAAUAUCCCCAUAAUUUGAGGAGGACCUAGGCCAUCGGAUCCAGCAACCACGAAGCACAAUGGUAUCCAGUGACGGAUUCCCACUGUGAGAUGGAGAGCUUCCAGAUGGGAACGGACACGCCCCCACGUGCAUACGUGGGGCGCAGUGUCCUGUGAGAUGGGAAAGGCGUACGACAUCGUCCGGUAUCACGUGGCUCCACCGCUGCUAAUCGCCGGCUUCACAUGUGGCGUUCAAUUGCUUGCUCUGGUUGGCGCCGGUCAGCCCGCCACACUGUCCGCCGCGCUCUCGCGCUGCUGGGGCAACACGUUUUCAUGGACGGCCGUAAUCCUCUUGCUGAAGUGGGCCGCACUCUCCCUCCACGCGCCAGGCCCUUCGAAAUACGGGCCGCCCUCGAGCGACAAAUCCAGGCCACUCUACACGCUCAACGGCGUAGCGUACUACGUGACAACCUUGCUGGCGUUCUCGUGCCUGCUGGCCUUACGGCCGGACCUCGCCGACGCAAUCCAUCAGGCGCACCCGGAGCUGGUGGGGACGCUCAACCUGGUGGCUCUGGCUCUGUGCCUGUGGCUUCUGAUCGACGGCAAGCGUCGCGGCCAGUGCGACGACCCCCCGCGGCCAAUAAUGUACGAGUUCUUUCGCGGCAUGCAGCUUCAUCCCAGAAUUCUGGGCGUGGACGUCAAGCAGUGGACCAACAGCCGCGUCGGCUUAAUGGCGUGGCAGCUCCUCGUAAUCGCGUUCUUUAUAGCGGGCGUGCGCCGCAAUGGCUUCAGCGCAGCCGCCUUCGUCACGACGAUUCUGCAAACUCUCGACAUAACGCUGGACCGAGCCGGGUACUACAUAUGCUGGGGGUGCCUGGUCCUAGUUCCUUCGCUGUACACGUUCACCAGCAACUACCUGGUAACGCAUCCUCCAGUGGCAACCGCUCCUCUGGCAGCGGCCGCCCUCGCAUUGGGACUCGCAUCCGUACUUCUCAACUACCGCGUCGACUACGAGAAAUUAUGCUUUCGUACCGCCAAGGACGGCAGAUGUCAUCUGUGGGGUCGUCCGGCGGAGUUUCUGGAAGCAGAGUACAAGGACAAACAGGGCCGAGUACAUCGAACGCGGCUUCUGGUGUCAGGGAGCUGGGGGGUGGCUCGCCACCUCAACUACACGUUCGAGAUCCUGAGCGCUCUAGCGUGGUCGCUGCCGGCGAUGGGCCUGGGAAUUCUGCCGUUCCUGUACGUGAUCUUCCUGACCCUGCUCCUGGUCCAUCGGGUCUACAGGGACGAGGAGAAGUGUCAGCAGAAAUACGGGAGCAGCUGGCAAGCCUACUGUCGUCUGGUGCCCUACCGCCUGCUGCCGUGGAUUUUCUGAGCUUCGCCGCUGCGGCCACCGCCGCCAGCGUCAUGCACCAGCUGGAGGCCACUUUAGAGGAGGUCGAGCUGGAGGAGGAAGACGAAGAUGAUGACUAAGCUGCCCAAUCUGUGUCAAAUGAUGUCCGCCAGCAAAAAUGGAAAACUGCUUCAGAAAAACUAUGCACAUUAAGUGACUACUUUUCUCGGCCACAGCAAGCUACAGAAAAACGCCCCCAGAAAAAUGGAAAACUGAUCUAGAAAAAUUACAUACGAAAAGUGUCUAGGUCCCUACCUUGCAGCAAGCUACAGGAAGAAGGUUAACGGUAGAAAGAGCCGAACAUAGCUCACGAUCCUGCUUCCGUUUAUUGGUGCUCUGUGACGGAAAAACAGACUGUACCAAAAAGCGGAAAUAAGGUCCAUAAAUGAAAAUCGGAAUAUUUUACUGUAUUUUGAAAAAAAGAAGAUUUGGAAUUUUGACAUAAAUUUCGUAUUUUCACGAACAAGAUCAGCUACCAUUGCAUUUUAUACUACCACUUGUGUAUAAAAUUUACGCGGAUAGUCAAUAACGCAAAGCGGACCAUAAAUUUGAGACUUACUAUUAACUACACACUUAGGAACUACAUUACAUAUAGCAUCUCUGAUUGGCAUCUGUCCUCUGCCUCACUUCACUUUAAUAACGAGAUACCCGUUUUGUACGAACUGAAUUUGUGACGAAUAAAGCGGCCCAGAAAACCGCAUGUGUGUUAUUGUUUUUCUUUAUACUAACGUAACAAAAAUUGAAAGUUAAUGUGUUAUAAUAAGAUGUGGUAACAGAAAAAAUCGAAUUCUACUAGGAUUUCUCAGUUAUAAAGAGUGAGACAUAAAUAUGACUAAAAGUUGCAAUUGAUAUAUUUGAUAACAAAUACAAAUCGAAGAGAGCUGAAAAGGCAUUUCUCAGACUAAAAACCUAUUCAGUACUUUAGUUCCUCGAUUGUUUCAAGCUAACAGUCGUCCGCGUAACAGCUUAAAGUAAAAAAAAAAAAAAAAAAAAAAAAAUAUGACGUCGCACGAUGCUUACUGGUGAUGGAGACUACAGAAGGUAGAAACUUUUUCUGAACUAUUUUUUCUAAUAUUUCGAUGUUUCCUGGUUUUCUUUAUUACAAAACACUGUUUCCAAACAUCUCAGCAUCUGCGAACAUCAUGUCAUUAAAGUGUGACGAGGAGAACACGUCUGUUACUCUCCUUCUCCCAUCCAUUGCUCAGUGGAAACUUCCCACACCAUCGUAGCACGGUGUGUACUUUCGUAACUUUUUUGCACUAAUUAAAAUUCGUUGUCAAAACUCUUGUAACUAUUACUGGCUAAGAGUCCUCAUCCUUCACUAUUACGUCUCCUUUUAAGAUUACCGUUUCUUAAAACCGUAUCCAUGCGACUGGUACCUAAUCAACAAUACUGUAUACACGUGCACUUUGUCGAACUGAUUCGUGUUGGCUACUUUCGACCGAAUUGUGAAUUCUUCACGUUGUUGAUGCACCGUUACCACUUCGUGUUGUUCCAGCUUUAUUCAUCUUCAGACCGGUUUUAUUGUCAUCAAUUAGCCAACUGACAGAGUGGUAACGUUGCAUUACACUUUCGUCUCUCGAGGCUUAAAUUUCACCAUCAUUCUAGCGCACAGUCGCCCACAUUGGGAAUGACACUUGCUGCUACACGAUUGGCGUCAGUUGGGCACAUUACCCGUUCUCACCAGCCGACAAUAAUGUUUAGGCUUUAAAUUUUUUUUAAGUAUUUAACUUUGGAUGCAGUAGGUGUUAAUGAAAUGAAAUCAAAUGUCGUAUUGAGAGGGCCUCCCGUCGGGUAGACCAGUCGCCUUGUACAAGCCUAUUUAGUUGACGAUACUCUGGCGAAUUGCGUGUCGAGGAGGAUGAUAUGAUGAUGAAGACAACAGAACAUGAAGUCCCCGCGCGGAGUUAAUCUCCGACCCAGCCGGGAAUCGAUCCCAGGCCCCACGCGUGGCAUUCUGCCGCCAUCACCACUCAGCUAUGCAGCCGGACAGCAGGCGUUAACAGGAAUAUGAUUCAAAAAACUGCUCAUGGUGAAAAGGGAGGUGGGAUUGCUCCUUUGAUCUGGUCGUAUCCCAUCGGCGAUGUAACAAGAAGACCGCACCUACUCAUCACCACCGAUGUAGUCCAAGUUUAUCGUGUAUGCAGGGUUAGACUACAAAUGGGAGUUCCAGAUGGCCAGGCGUUUCGAAAAAAACGGCAUUUUUUAUGAGGCGUGUGCUGUUCAUGUUAGCGUAGUUUCCAGGCAGCAGUUGGUACAUGGGAAAGAAUGCGGAAAGGUAUUCUGAGGGUCGUGAGGUUGUGCCCCAACGUAGAAACCCAUCUUUACUUGUUCAGUUUUUACAUUACACACAUUGCAAAUAAACGGGAAUAGUGCUCAAUGUUUUGAAUUUAAUAACAUCUUCAUAAAUGGUCUGGAAAGAAAAAGAAAAGAAAUCGACAUUGCACAUGUUUUUCAAGAAAUGUACUUACACCGCCCACAAGGACUCUGCAAGUAAUUUUCCAGGAAGGGUUUUCAAUUAAAGCGUCCAAAAAUUCGUAUUCCGUUACUUUUAUUUUCACAUGAACAGUAGACUUCCCAGUUUUUUCCGAUGAAUAUCAACCCUGCAUGUGUAAAUCAUCAACGCUAAAAUAAUAAAACAACCUAAUUUUAUAUACGAAGUUCUUGUGUACACCUACGUCCCCUUCCUCGAAUUUAUUUGCAAGCCCAAGUAUUCGUUCACCAUUCUUUUUCAUGCCUUUUAUGAAAAUAUUAAUAAAUCCAAUAUAUUGAGCAUUAUUUUUGUUUGUUUGCAGCGAAUGUAACGUAAAAAUUGAAAUCUUAUGGCCCUCCCAAUACCCUUCUGUACUCCUCCCAUUGUGCCAAGCUCUUUCUGGAAACUUUGCUAACAUGAACGCCUCAUGCCUCACCCAACCAGCACCCAAACUGCUAUUUUUUCCAAAUCCUUGACCAUCUAGAGUUUCAACGUCUUUCACUUUCAUUUCUGGACAAACCCUCCAUAUACCAUCAAUCUGGACGAAAUCGGCGCAGCGGGUGGACACGGCCCCCUUAUAACUUUUCGCCUGUUUCCUCUCGCGGCCUGUUGUCACGUUAUUGUUUCCUCACUCUACCAGCCUUCAUGAUUUCACCGCGAGAGUCACUGACACCUUAAGUGCAGAACUAAUUAUUCCUUUAAUUUUCAGUAACACUUCUAAAUAGUAGUUGUAUUUAUUACACACACAGUAGAUGCUAAUAUGUUUAUGGAUUCAUGAAUAACAUGUAGUGGAAUUCACAGCAGACGAAUAAGUGUUUACAAAUUUAUAGCACGGAGCUCACUCAAAUUCUGGAGUCACAUUGUCGACAAAUUACCUUUUGUGAGAACGUUAUAUCACCUUAACAGGGCGAUCACUAUUUUCAAACUCGCUAAGCAUGAAUAGAAGAUUUGUUUAUAAGAACUAUAAGACAUGAAUGAACGUAAGGUCUCUGCCUCGUGAUGAUUGGGUGUUGUGUGAUGUCCUUAGGUUAGUUAGUUUUAAGUAGUUCUAAGUUCUAGGGGACUGAUGACCAUAGCUGUUAAGUCCCAUAGUGCUCAGAGCCAUUUGAACGUAAGUAUAGGAUUCUCCAGAGGACAAAUACCAAGAACUGAAGUCGUUGCUGUUUGCUAGAUGAUACACAGGUUGGUGAAUAACAGUCUGUAAAGCUGUUAAGGGAAUUUCAGAAUAGGUCGUGCUGAGAAAUAAUUGUUAAGAAAAAAAUUUAUAAGUUGCGCCGAUUCCACGUGAAUUGGCAUUGUAGUUAGCCAAUCACGCAAUAGCACGUAAAUUCAAGCUGCCCGCCAGACAAAACUUGUAUUUGUUGUUCUCAUAGUGUAGAUGAUAGCCCACGAGAGUGCUCAGCCUUGUUGCGGGUUCGAUCCUUGCUACCGCCCCACGUCCAAUGUUUGUAUCACUCUCUUGUUCGUUUGUGGCAAACCAAACUAAGAAUAUGUUUGCCGACACCGUCUUUGGCAGGCCUCUGGAAUUACACGCGCAGCGACCUGAUUGGCUAACUUCAAUGCUAAUUAACUUAGUAACGUAUCGAUUUUUUAAGCAAUUAUUCCUCUACACAACCUACCCUGCAACACUCUUACAAGUUUUCAUACUGUUUCUCACUGUCCUGUAUAACACAAAAAAAAUUGCUAAACUUUAGUGAGAAAAUGCCAUUCCUGUCACCACAUGGUCAUGUACUGUAAGGUUUGAGGUAAAACAGUGUAAAAUAAUGCCUCUAAGAAUCGUGGAAGUUUUGUUAUAUCUGUUUAUGCAAUAUAAGCGUUUGUACAUUGUUUGGAGACUCAUAUCAAGAACUGGCUUAACAUCUGCGUAAUGGAUUUCAGAAAAUUUUCUGAAGCUCAGUAUCUCGCUCAGGUGGAUCUUGUCCUAGACUAACAGUGAUGAAUGCGGCGAGAUGACUGGCUCCGACUGUGAAUAACCUCUAGUCUCACGAGACAGCGGGCUGUACGUCACAAUAUAAUAGCAAGAUGGACUGUUUAUAUCUAGUACAAGAAAUGUAUUCACACUGCGAAUGUGAUCAGACUCCAGGUCUGCCGGACUGAUGCUCCAGCCCGGAUUUCCUGCUCUAGGCUAGCGGUCGCCUAACCCACCUCGGCCAUCCGCGAACGCCUACCGCCAGGACCGACGCAAAUUUCCACCUGUCACCAAGUUCCAGCAUUGUUACUCUUACAAUGUUGCGUGGACGUGAAAUACUGUUUUACAAGGUCUGUGUUUUUAUAAAUGUCUGACGGACACAGUAUAGUACAUUGUAAGAUACAAGCACUGCAUUGUAGUGUCUAUAGCAACACUGAUGCUCAAUAGCAAUUGGAGGUGUAAUUCUUGCUGUCACUGAUCAGUCUGAGGUCAAUGGAAUUUACAAUGGAUAUCCAUGUUAAUAAUACUAAUAAUUAUGGUAACCGUAACAUAUAACGCUGUUUUUUAGUAGCAUGGAAUUAUGGGUUCCAUAAAUCGCUAAUGAAGUUUUUUGUGGAGAACUGCAUAAUGCAUUACACAGCUGUAACUGUGUAGUUUAUUAGAGACUAUCGAUUUCGGUCUAUGACGAGACCUUCAUUGGGUCCAUAUUUGCAUUUGCGUAAUUUUCAUGAGUCAUCAGAUGUACUUUGUUCCAUCGAUGAUAUUGACCGCAAAUUAAUUACAACCUCUCCAUUUAUCAAAAUAAAAUAUCUUCCCUAAACAAUUCUCAACUUUUCGAUCAAUUUUUAUUAUGGAUGACUACCUGAAGCGAGGCUGUGGACUGGUGUGUAACAUGCAAAGGUAGCUGUCGUUUUGCCUAGUUUCAGAUUUACAUAAAAUCCAGAUUUUUGACAAAUAUGGUAUAAAUUUUUUGUAUGUUUCAGAUUUAUAUGUACACAUUCUUGUACUUCAGUGGGUCCAGGAGAAUUGUCGCUAUUGAAUUUACAUUUGUACUACAUUUUUUCAAAACUGAGUGAUUUUCUGAGAGGUUAUAGUCGGUUAUAUGGAGUCAGUAGACGAUGCAAGUAGUUUGGAGAAUAUUUACUCCUUUCUUUACUAAAAUUGUCGUGAAGAGCCUUGCAGUGUCAGCACUGCUUAUAGGUUUAUAAAAUCUUAUGAUCACAAAUGUUACCUGACAUAAUAUGUAUCCACCACAUCGUCAAACAUGUCUUCAAGUAAUUAAUUGCACUACAUUACUGGAUUAUAUAUACAAACUCGCAGCAGCUACUGAAGCAGCUCCAAGUAUACUAAAUGUCUUAAUGGUGAAUGUACUCAAAAUUGUUUACAAGUAUUUAUAUGCACUAUAUUACUGGAUGGGGUCUACAAACUUGCAGCAGCUAGCAAAUAAUGAGCCAAGUAAAUUAAAUGUCUUAAUGUUCAAUGUAUUAUUAUUUUUACAUGUGUUCCCCAUGGUACUGCUAGUAGUGUGUCCUAUGGUGUACUAAAUAUGCUUUACAUGUAUUUGUGUAUUGUGUCAUAGACCCACAUGAGUGGUAAAUAUAUAUAUAUUGUUUACUUGCACACAUGCUGUGAUUACUGCACAGUGCGAAUAUAUAUAUAUAUAUAUGCACACACUCAUUACUUGCCAUAAAUGUUACCGCGUUAAAACAUUGACUUGGAGCACAUUAAUUAUAUAAAAGGUGUGGAAAUUUAUUAUUAUCUGUAAUAAAUGUUUUGUCAAAAGUAGAUCACACUGCUAUAGUGAUUACAUAAACUCCAUGUGUCUAUCAAAUUUCUUGGCAACCCACUGUAAAUUGUUACACAUGUCAAAAGCAGAGGGGGACAAACACAACGCAUACUUAGUACAGGCCAGGUGGAUGCUGAUAUAUGUUAGUUCCUUGUCUUAAAUGUUUGUGUGUCACAAGGAGUAAUCAAUAUUAGCAUUUACACCUACGUCAAUAUUAAGUGUUCGUUGAUGCUAUUAAAUUAAGAAAUGUAAAUGUAUGUGAAAAACAAAAGUUUGUUAAUUAAGCAUUUAUGAAGACUAAUUUGAUGCUCAUAUUCGUUAAGUUAAUUCUGUUAAGGUUGAUAUGUUAAAAGAAAAGCGCGCGCGCGCGCGCGCGCGCGCGCGCGCGCGCGUGUGUGUGUGUGUGUGUGUGUGUGUGUGUGUGUGUGUGUGUGUGUGUGUGUGUGUGUGUGUAUGGGGGGGGGGGAGGGAUUAUGACUGUGACAUACAUGUCACAAGUGUUUGUGAAGUAAAGGAAAUAUGAACACUGGGUUUAUUUAUUAAUUAUAUAAUUUAUAAUGAGCAUAUAUAGCUGAAAAAAAUAAACUUUGUAAAUAAAUAUAUGUAUAUAUGUGUGUGUCUCAGUGUGUGUGUGUGUGUGUGUGUGUGUGUGUGUGUGUGUGUGUGUGUGUGUGUGUGUGUGUGUGUGUGUGUGUGUGUGUGUGUGCAGCCACCAAAUGCGAAGAGGGCUGCUAUAAUUUGUUAAUAACUUACAGAGUAUGUGUACAAGAGUAUAUGUCAGUUAUAUCUUGUAAAUAUUUAUGUGUUUAAAAUGAUAGAUGGAUAGUGACAUUCUGUAAAUCCAUGAAUGUGAGGUGGUCCUCGAACUUUCUAAACCACACGUUUUCAAUAUUUGGUUGUAUGUGUAUGAAGAAAUAUGAUAUGCAGUGGCGUCCAUUAAUUGUGUACUGGUAUAAAGGGAAGAUGGUCACGACUGUCAUUAAUCUGUUGUAAACCUUUAUAUCUGAUAAAUGUAAAGAUGGUGUGUUUCAUAAAAUACAUAUGUGUCAAAAAUAAAGCCAUAUAUGGCAGUUGGAUAUAGAUUCAUGUGAACACUCAGUGAAAAUAUUUCUGGGUGGAUCAACAAGCGUGAUUGAGCCUGACCCUCAUUAAAUAUGAAACUAAAUACUAAACACACAGAACGUUUGUUUAUUACAUCAGUUAAACUUUUAUAUAUCUGUUAAAGGCUAAAUAGCAAUGAUAUUCUUAAAUGAAUGCCGUUAUUGUGUAUAGGACAGAAAAUUUACAUUGUUGCAUAAAUGCAUGAUGGGAGCAACAUUCGUUUAUUUGAAGUCGUAAAUGUGUGUUUGUGUCAAAAUGAGAGAUCUAUCUCAGUUAUACAGGUUACAAAAAGUUGCUGACAUUUGAUCACUACAUGCUGUAAAUGUUUUUAACAAAUGGCACAAAUAUCUGUAAGUGUCAAAAGGAAACAAAUGGUCACUUGUAUCUCUUAAGCGAAGAAAAGUUAUAUGGACAAUACCAUUUCUUAAAUGCAUUUUGCAAAUGUCUGAAGGAGUCACCCUGAAAGGUGAGAACUGACACAUAUGUACAUGAGCUGCAGAAAGAUCAAGUGGCCAGUAAGAUUUAUGAUUUACAUGUUUUAAACGUUGUGGUAUAGAUAGGAAAGUUUAGCGCCGGUAUUCAUUGAUUAUGGGUGUCACUAGUGUAUGUUAUUUUUUAUUUUGAUUUUGUAAAACGUUGUUAUCAUUUAUACGUAUUUCUAAAUAACAUAAAAUAAAUGUAUCAUCACUCAGAGUCACGUUGACCAUGCCUGGUUAUUACAUGUAGUACUGAUGUGUGUACUGAUAUUUUACCAUAUCACACUGUCACAUAGAUAAUGUAUAUUUCGUGAAAUCUGUCAAUAAAUGUUUGUAUGUGUGUA